AUGCUGUUGGCCAUGGCGUCUCAGAAUGCUCAGAACUUCUUCCAGCCUCUCUCUUCCUGGAUAUCUCGAGUUUAUGAAGCUCUCCAGCAAGCAGGAGAUACAUUAUCUGCUUCGCUGGUUAACUUCAGCAAACAAGACUCUAAAUGGAGUGACAAGCUAGACCAGGACUUAGAUGCUAUUCAGAUUCAGGAAACUUACUUUGAAGGUGAAGAACAAAGCACUGACCGGAGUCGAGAGGACACAAAUCCCUUGUUUUUUGAAGUGGACCACUUCUCCUGUUGUAAUAGUGAUUCGCAGGACUCUGCCCAGAGUUCAAGCCCCAGACCUAGCCAACAUGCAAAGGACUCCUGUUCCAUAGUGACCCAGUGGCCCAAUCAGACCCUUGACGACCAGAAGCCACCGCAUGUGCUUUCUUCUAUUGCCGAGGAAGAACGUCAGCUUGAAGAGCAAUGGAGUGGCCUUCAACAUGGCUUUGACAGCCACCUCUCUGGUACUUUAGAAAAUGUUAAUGGAAGAAAGCAAGCAUACUGUCUUCAUUACUAUAGCAUUAUGGUCCUUAAAUCAGUUAACAGCUUUGGAGAUGAUGGGGGGCUGUCCACAUCUUCUGACAGUGAUGAGGAGGUCAUCAAACAAUUUGAGAUUUCUGUGUCCGGGUCCCAGAGUUUCCGAUCAGGAGCAUCUGAGGAAGGAAAGCAGACAGGAUUGAAGCAUAAACCAAAACCCAGCCAGUGGCUCUCCACCCACGAAGAGGACAACACAGAAGUGUCUGCCUGCAAAGGUUUGGAUGGAGCCAGCCAACUGACUUCUUCUGAGAAUCCUUCUUAUGGUGAAGAUGAGCCCAACUCUGCCCACUCACAAUCCCCUUGUGAGGUGGGGGACACCAGGCAUCAUGGCACAUCUCCUCAAGAGACCAGCGUGGUCCACAGCCUCAGCCGGCAGUCCACAGAGGGCAGCUUGGCGAUGGAGACAGCUUUUAAUAACCGGGGAUUUGAAGAUUCUUAUGCCACUGACAGCUCUUCUGUGUGGAGUCCAGAGGAACAGGACGGGACCAAUUUUCAAGUGCCAUCUGGGGUCCCAGAGCCCAUCUCAAAAUGUGGUGACCUGGAUGUCGUCUUUGAAUAUAGAGCUGCCAGCCAGAAGCUCACAGUGACCAUCGUAAGAGCACAAGGCCUCCCGGAUAAGGACCGAAGUGGCGUCAACUCCUGGCAAGUGCAUGUCGUGCUGCUGCCCAGUAAGAAACAGAGGGGCAGGACAAGCAUAGAGAGAGGGCCCAACCCCAUCUUCAAGGAGAAAGUCACCUUCGCCAGGCUGGAGCCCAGAGAUGUGGCUGCCUGUGCUGUCCGCUUCCGCCUGUACGCUGCCCGCAAGAUGACCCGGGAGAGAAUGAUGGGAGAGAGACUCUUCUAUCUCAGCCACCUGCACCAGGAAGGGGAAAUGAAAGUGACUCUGGUUCUGGAGCCAAGAAGUAAUAUCAGUAGUGGAGAGUCUCCGCUCAGCCCAUCUGCAGUUUCUCACAGUGAUAGUGCUUCAUCCACGCAGUCGCUGUCGCAUGGAGGGGCGCCAGAGCUGUUGGUGGGGCUGUCAUACAGUGCCACAACGGGGCGAUUAUCCGUGGAGAUGAUCAAAGGCAGCCAUUUCCGAAACCUCGCUGUUAACAGAGCGCCUGAUACGUACGGAAAGCUCUUUCUCCUCAAUUCUGUGGGUCAAGAGAUGUCCCGCUGCAAGACAUCUGUCCGACGUGGUCAGCCCAAUCCUGUCUAUAAGGAGACCUUUGUUUUCCAGGUGGCCCUCUUUCAGCUCUCUGAUGUCACAUUGAUGAUUUCCGUGUAUAACAGGCGUACCAUGAAGCGUAAAGAGAUGAUUGGUUGGAUUGCUCUGGGUCAAAAUAGUAGUGGGGAGGAGGAGCGAGACCAUUGGGAGGAAAUGAAGGAGACCAAAGGGCAGCAGGUCUGCAGGUGGCACACUUUACUCGAAUCCUAG